GAUCCAACAUCGUAUUUCACUUUUUGAACACGGGCGCCCAUUUUUGUGCUUGAGCUCAACCACACUCAAGACCUGGCAAGCCGACUCGCAGACCUUCAGAACGCCAAAAAUCUAGUGAAGUCAGAGACUGAUGGAACGAGAAGAGGAAGAGGAAGACAUAGUUUGUUUAGAUGCUUCAUUCUUUAUGAACAACGAUUAUCGGCUCACCACGUUUACGUUUGGGUCCCAUGUGAUCGAACUCCUCUGUCUUCAGUCAGCUUCCACUGAUUUUGAUUUAACGGGCCAAUUAGUGUGGCCUGGUGCGUUGCUCUUGAACAAUUAUCUUUCGAAACAUGCUCACCUGCUUCAAGGAUGUUCUAUCAUUGAACUAGGAUCUGGUGUUGGUGUCACUGGAAUACUUUGCAGCAAAUCUUGCCACAAAGUGGUGUUGACAGACCAUAAUGAGGAAGUUCUAAAGAUCCUGAGGAAAAACAUACAGCUUCAUGCAUCUCCCGAAUCCCUCGGAAAUUCUGCUGGACUAGUAGCCGAGAAGCUUGAAUGGGGAAAUUCUGAUCAGAUAACUCAAAUUUUAGACAAGUAUUCUGGUGGAUUCGACCUAAUUCUUGGUGCUGAUAUCUGCUUUCAACAAUCAAGUGUGCCCUUGCUCUUCAAAACAGCUGAACGGCUCCUCCAAGUUAGAGAAAGAGGAAAAUGCAAAUUCAUACUUGCUUACGUAUCCCGAGCUAAGAUCAUGGAUGCUCUGAUACUUGACGAAGCUGCUCGGCACGGGAUGCAAAUGACUGAAGUAGCUGGAACGCGAUCAGUUGUAGGGAAUCUUCAAGGAGUCAUCUACGAGAUCACACUUAAAUAGAAGCUUUGGAAAUCCCAGCAAGAUUUGUAAUGCCCUAAAAUCCGUUAUGGCCUAAAGUUAUUAGACUUUUCAGUUCCUUCUCAAAAUUCACCUUCGAAUGAAGUAGCUCUCUGUUUUCUUCUUCAACCUUUUGGUUUCUGCAAAAUUUAUUAGAUGCACCCACAGGCUAGAUUUUUGUGACCUAUGUCAAUUUCAAAUCUUAACCAUACUGUCAAUUUCCCACUGCUCACCAUGUUCUUAAAUUGAUAAAAGAUAAAAUGUGUUUGGUGACC